AUGGUAACUUUACAAGAAUAUUUAAAUCAGCAGUAUCCCACUAAGGAAGAUAAAGAGGGAGUUAAAGAGAUUGAUUUGAUAGAUAUUUUUAAAAAAGAGAAAGAAGAAGAUGAAAAUUUUGAAUUAGAGGGAGGGGGAUUAGAUUUAAGGGAGUUUGUGAACUUGAUUAAAGUGAAUAUUAAUGGAACUAAGGGUUUAAAAACUCCCUUAACUAAUUUAAAUGUGAGUGGUUUGGCUGAUUUAAGUCGUUUAGAUUGCCGAGGAACCAUGGAAGAAGUUUUAAGAAAAGGCAAACGCAACCAAUUCUACGGCUCCCUCAAAUCUUUCCAAAACUUAGUUAGACUAACUGUUAUUUGUAUUGAAGCCACCGAUCAAACCAAAACUCGCUUAGAAACUGAAUUAGCCCAAGAACAGCAACAGCAUAAUCAGACUAAAACUAAUUUUCAGUCCCAAUUACGGGACUUAGCCACCAUACUUUAUCCCAGUAAUAGUGAUAUUAGGAAUAUUAGUUUUAAUGAUUUGAAAAAGCAGGCAAAGAAAGUUAAAGCAGCGCAAACUUGGAAAAGCAAAAUUAAACAUAUAAUAAUCGGGAGUUUGCUUGCCUGGGGAGAAACAGUUUACCAAAAUAUUCCGUUCAAUAAACUAGAAUAUAAUAAUCUUACUAAUUUAUUUCGCCUUCCCCAAGCAAAGGAAAACCAAAAGAGUUUAGAGAAAAUUAAGCAAAUAUUAUUCCCCUUACCGGUGAAUAAUCCUAAUUUAGAAACUGAAAUCACCGACUUAAAAAUUAGGGAUUUAACUAUUCAAAUCCCUAAUAAAAAAACUGAAUUAGCCGAAGCAAUUAAUAGUUUUAAAAAUAAAUUAAGCAAGUCUGAAAAAUAUUUAUUUGAAAAACUGCUUACUGAAAAAUCUAGUUCAGAUAAUUUUUCUGAACUAAAAGAAAUUUUAUCUGAAUACCACUCUGAAAUAGAAAUUAUUCUAAACCAACAGCAAGAAAUAAAUAAUUUACAAAAGCAUUUAGAAUAUUUACAAGAAAAUCAAUUACUUUCUGAAAAAGAGGCUAAAAUUGAGAAUUAUUUUAUUGGAAUAGGUCGGCGGAAAGAAGCCACCGCUCGGGUUUAUCUAAAAGAAGGCAAUGGAUUAGCCCAAGUUAGAACCAAAAAUGGCAAAGAAAAGGAUUUAAAAGAUUAUUUUUAUAUGGAACCUUCCCUCUGUAAAGAUAUUUGUCAACCGCUUAAAUUAUUUAACAAAGAAAAUGAUUAUGAUUUAGUGGUAAGAGUAAGCGGGAGCGGUUUUCACAGCCAAGCCGAAGCAAUUAGGUUAGGUGUAGCACGGGCUUUGUUAAAAGUUUCACCGGAAUAUAGAAUAACUUUGAAAAGUUUUUCCCUUCUAACCCGUGAUGCUCGCCGAGUAGAAAGAAAGAAAAUUGGUUUUAAGAAAGCCCAAACUCCUUUCGAAAUUCAAAAUCCAGGACAAAAAAUCCAGGAUGAGGAAACUGGCACUUAUUAUCUACGUAAAUACCUAAUUACCACCAAACCUUUUGAUUACCGAGGGAAAGAAUAUUCGCAGUUGGUUAUUUAUACUGAUGGUUAUCUUGAAUUUAUAGGCUCGGGUUAUGGAGACGCAAAAAAGAAUUAUGUGUGGGAAAUAUGA